CGUAUUUGAAAUCUCCCGCGCGUCGGUGCACAAUUCUCACACAAGAGCGCAAUUGCAGACGACGCUGCUCGACUUCGACAAGCGAGCUGCCGAAGGUCUUGAAUGGUGGCAGAUCCGUGAUGUAGCAGCACUCGUUCCCUCGAGCAAUCUGUGACCGCAACGCCGAUCCAUUCCGAGUGGUGUCCAGUAAAAUGGCCGGCGACGAUGAGGAUCUGGAGCUCUUGCUGUCGAUGCAAGAUGACGAGAAUGCCGUCGUCAACGCGACUCCACCUUCUUCGCCUGCUCGUCACGAUCCGAAUUCCGUGAGGGCAGAAGUCGCAGGUGGUUUCUACAGCAAAAUCGCGACAACAUCAGGAUCCGAGGCUGAGAAUUCGUCUUUCAGUAGCAGAAUGGCAGAGAUCAGGUCUGCUUUUGCUGCUAAGUCAAACGGAGCACCUGCCAGGCACUCGGUUGUCACGGCGCAUUCACCUCUUCUGUCAACUGGCCCCAUCCGUACUCUAGACUACUGUUCUGAUGAUGAAACUCCGAAAACCAAGCACGCAGUCAGUAUGGAUGCAUUCAAGGACAUUCUCAAAGGAAGUCUUGAGCUGGAAGGCAAUAAGCUCCCGAGUGCUACUCCAAAGCAGACAUCGCAUCAAGGGUUGUCAAUCAGCAGCAUCGAUAUUGAGUUCUUUUCUGGACUGAAAAUAAAAGAUCGAUUAGUUCCUCCUGCUGAGGUGUAUAACAAGCUUGAAGACUUGCGAUUCGUGAGGCUCCCAGCUAUAAAGAUGGCGAAUGAAUGUGGAAAAUUUUCCGGUUCGUGGGCAACUAUUGCUAUCUUAGUCGACAAAGGACCGCCUCGUCAAAGUUCAACAGGAAAGAACUUCGUGAUUUGGAAGUUGGGAACUUUGGAUAGUAAUGUGAUCUCACUUUUCCUCUUUGGGGAUGCCUACAAAGCUCACUGGAAAGAGCAGCCAGGAUCUAUUCUUGCUGUUCUUAACGCAAACGUUCGCACAGACCCUAAGACCAAGGAACCAUCUCUCAGUGUCUUCAACUGUGACCAAGUUCUGAUGUUGGGCACUUCAGUAAACUUCGCCAUCUGCAGCGGAAUUCGGAAGGAUGGCACUAGGUGUACUGUGGGCAUAGAUAAACGCUUGCAUGGACAAUAUUGCCAGUAUCAUAUUGGAGCACAGCAGCACAAAUACAAAACCAAAAGGCCAGAACUGAGUGGCGGAAAGAUGGCAAUGAUCGGUCCUGGAUUUGAACGGGGCCACAUGAAACGAAAGCCACUUGACAGUCCUGAGAAGGAAAAUACCCCAUCGCGGCCUUUAAAGCUUGUCACGACUUCGCAGCUCAAAUUAAUGCUGAGUGACGAGAGAAUUACCACCAAAAGCUUUUCUCAAGGCAAGAGAUUUCUUGAAAAUAUGGCAGAUAGAGUUGUUGGAAAGAGAAAAUCGACAGAAGUCGAAGAGAAAUUGAAAAUUUCAAGAGUUCCCUUAGCUGAGAAAGGAAGGAAUCUCGGAGGUAUAAAAGCAGAGUUUACGAAUUCAGCGCGCACUGAGAAGCGCAAGGAUAUGGAUGUUACAGGCAUCAAAACCGACCGUGUGACUUUGGCGUCGGGAGGAAAGAGCCAAACCUUAAAAACAGGACAAGUGCGACGGAAGGAGAUUUCGAAAGGAAAGUCAAUGACAGAUGACAUGGAGAUGGAAAUUGAGUGGAGUGGAGGCUCUGAGGAUGAGAUGAUACACGCUUUGUCUCGGUUCGGAAAAGUCCAUGCUCUUGUGAGUUGAGAGCUUUCCACUCUCUCCAGUGCUUGCCAGCCGAUUGAAAUUUGAGCAACAUCCACCAACACGUUCGACCUCAUCAUCAUUCUGUAAGAUUUAAAGUCUGACUCUUUCUGCAGCCGCCAGGAGUUUGGUCUUCUAUGGCGAUCGCUGGAGUGUGCAAAAUCGGCAACUUACGGGCGGAAGAGUCACAUUACGAGAAGAAAAAUUAUAUUUGAAGAAAACACUAUAGAAGAUCCAAUACUGUGCAUCGAUCGUCUCACGGACGAAAAAUGCAGCCUCGUAACUGACCCCUGGGAUAACUGCAUUCCAUGUAAAGUAAUUUAUUUGACCGCAUAUGGUCAAAUAAAAAAGGUCCAGACGAACCAACAUGUCU